AUGUUGCAGGAGUUGGAAAAAGCAGUUUGUUAUUACGAUUUGCUGACAACGUCUUUUCUGAGAAUUAUAUUACAACGAUUGGUGUUGAUUUCAAAAUUCGAACUAUUGAAAUUGAUGGGCAACGUGUGA